AUGGCAGAUAGGAGUGUUUUUCUGAACAAAAGCAGCUGUUUUGGUGGAGAAGCAAGAGAGGACAAAGAUUUUGACGAAGAAGAUGUAAGGGGUGUAACCAAAGAGAGAGAAUAUGAUUCUUGCCCAAAAACCAAAAGGGCAGAGGAGUCCUCCUCUGGUCCAAGAAAGAUCCCAAGGGCUAAUAGUAAUACACUACCUGCUUCCAAUGCCACAUUGAUUCAAGGGUCUUCGGCACCUAUGGACAUUCCUGACUGGUCAAAAAUUUAUGGGAAGAAUUGCAAGAAGAACAAGGGUGGUUGUGGUUGUAGUUAUGCGGAUCAUUGCUAUGAUGAUGGAGGUGAUGAUGAGAAUGAUGAUAUGAUUCCUCCACAUGAAUGGAUUGCUAGGAAGCUUGCAAGGAGCCAUAUUUCAUCUUUCUCUAUGUGUGAAGGGAUGGGGAGGACACUCAAAGGGAGAGAUCUUAGCAAAGUCAGGAAUGCUAUUUUGACCAAAACUGGUUUCAUAGAGUAG